AUGGCGACUCGUGCGUCUAUCUUCCAAGGCCUCGAGGAGGCGCCGGCAGAUCCCAUUUUGGGGCUCGAGACUGCGUUUCGAGCGGACCCGGAUCCACGCAAAGUGAAUCUUGGAGCCGGCGCUUACCGCACCGAAGAGGGGAAACCCUAUGUUUUCAGAUGCGUGCGACAAAUCGACAUCGAUAUGGCGGCCGAUGUGAACCUGUAUAAAGAGUACCUGCCUAUCGACGGCCUUGCAGACCUAAAGAAGCCUACCCAGGAGCUUCUCUUUGGGGAAGACAGCCCUGCGAUCGCCGAGGGCCGCAUCUGCUCGACGCAGGCUCUCUCUGGCACUGGGGGCCUGCGCGUGGCCGCUGAGUUCAUCAAGACUUUCUUGCCGAAAUGCAAAACCGUCUACAUCAGCGACCCGACCUGGCCAAACCAUCCGAACAUCUUCAAGAAGGCGGGCCUGGAGGUCGAGUAUUAUCCCUACUGGAACCCGGCAACUUUGAGCAUUAACUUCGAAGCCAUGAAACACACUCUAGAAGCUGCCGCGCCUCACUCUGUCGUUCUUCUCCAUGCCUGCGCUCACAAUCCAACCGGUAUGGAUCUGAACGAGGCUCAGUGGAGAGAGAUUCUCGAGAUGUGCAAGCGCAAGCAGUUCGUCCCCAUCAUUGAUAACGCGUACCAGGGCUACGCCAGCGGCGACAUCGUGCGCGACGGCUUCAGCACUCGGCUGUUUUGCAAUGAAGGCAACAUGGAGAUGUUCGUCUGCCAGUCAUUCGCCAAAAACAUGGGGCUCUAUGGCGAACGUAUCGGCAUGCUCCACAUUGUGUGUGCAUCCGCAGAGCGCGCAAAGACUGUGCUGAGCCAAGUCAAGCGCGUCAUCCGCCCGAUGUACAGCAGCCCGCCGCUCCACGGCGCGCGCAUCGUUUCCCGCCUGUUGGGAGACCCGCAUGCCAAGCAGGCAUGGCUUGCGGAGCUCAAGGAGCUAGCGGGCCGCGUUCAAGGUGUCCGCGCAACCUUGCGUGGCGGCCUCGAGGCGAAAGGAACUCCUGGAAAGUGGAAUCAUAUCACCGACCAGAUUGGAAUGUUCUCCUUUACUGGCCUCUCGCGCGACCAAGCCGAACGCAUGACGAAGCACUGGCACAUCUACAUGAUGGGCAACGGCCGAAUCAGCCUGGCUGGGCUUAACAACUCUAACCUGCAGUAUGUGGUUGACGCGAUCGACGAAGUAGUGCGGGCCGUGCCAUCGGGUCAAUCAAAUAUGUAG